AGGGUUGAGUCAGGAUUUUAUCCACAUGAAAGUAUAAUUUUGUUUGUAUCACAUGUUACUCUAUUGCUAAUGAUCAUUAUUGCAUUGAAAAUUGCUACCACAAGCUUUAUAUCAGCUUCCUAUUUUGAUAUCUUGGUGGAUAGCACUUGUGCAAGGUAAUUUUUUUAUGAAGUUCAUUUAAAUUUUGAAGGUUGUGAAAGAAAUGUUUUCAAUAUUAGAUCAAUUCUGAUUUUUGCAGAGAGGCUGAUUUGUCUGAAUGAAUCCUAUUUGAUCAUGAAAAUUAAUGCAAGCAGCGUGAUCGUCGGAGAGAAAGUUAUAUUCGUGCCGUAUCUCAGGCAUCAUGUAGAGAAAUACCAUUUUUGGAUGACAAGCAUCGAGCUGCAAGAGCUCACUGCAUCACAGCCACUUUCGUUGGAUGAAGAAUACAGUAUGCAAGAGUCCUGGCAAAAUGACGACGACAAAUGCACUUUUAUUGUUCUAGACCGUAUCAAGUACGAAGAAUCUGGAGAUGAGGUAGCGUCAAUGAUAGGAGAUACAAACGCUUAUAUAACUGAUCCCGAAACGCCAAACAUUGCUGAAAUAGAAGUUAUGCUAGCUGAUAAGAACGCCCGUGGAUGUGGCAGAGGAAGAGAAACCACGGUGAUGAUGCUGAGGUACUGUGCUCAAAACCUCAACAUUGAAAAGUUUGUGGCAAAGAUAGGGUAUCAGAAUGCACCGAGCAUAAACUUGUUCACCAGUUUGGGGUUCAAAGAGAUCACGAGAUCGGAAGUGUUUCAAGAGAUUACAAUGGAAAAAAAAUUGACUAAGAGCUGGCUGAAUUGGAUGAUGAGUGAGACCCCAAGAUACACAAUUCAAAAGUACGUUCCGAACGGGAAAUAUCAAUAUUAGAUAUCUACUUCGAAGCAAAAGACUCGUCCUAACCAAUUGAAUGGGUAAGCCCGUAAGACUACCUUGAAACUAUAUGCUAUCUUCAAACUAUAUGCUAUCUUCAAUUGCAACGUUAUACAUUCUAUACCCUUUCAGAUGAACGGCAGUGAAUCUGCCAACUCGCGGAAUUAUUAUCUAAAAUAAAUUUGCCGCUAUAAAUUAUUUAUUAUUUAACACGCCGGGUGUUUUCUGCAAUAUCUUGAGAGAUUAACGCAAGGAUGUGGACUAAUUUCCGACAAAUAUUCUAUAUAGUAAAUUCAUAUCUAAUAUUAGGAAAUCUAUUUAAAUUCAUAAUUGUUUCCUGUGAGCGUAACUUCUACUACUGCGAAGUAGUUGCAAGAGCGGCAUAACUGCCUCAACCCUGUGCCUACUAUUAACUAAGUACGGACUAUUUGUAGACGGCAUUAUGCAAAACAUUCGGACCUGAGAAAGCAGGCAAAACGUACUCUAUUUCUGUGAUAGCAAACGUACUCUAUUCCUGUGAUAUCCAUUGACCCCUAAGUAAACGAAGCGUUUUAUGUCGUAAUAUGCGUCGAGGAAACUUAGUGAGAACGACUGAAGCGGACGUGCAGCGAAAGUGCGCGCCAGCCGCAGUCUUGAUACGCUGCAUCGCCGGAAUUGACUUCGACUUAUAUAAAGAGUUUGGCAGGUGCGUGGUUUCUACUUCAGUUCCUUCCCAGUGCAAGUGAUGCGUGUACACCCGUCUGCUGCCCGCCGACAAUUGUUAUUCGUGGUCUCUAGUUGGCUUUCAUUUGAAGCUGAAACAGGUGCAACCGCACCUUCUCUGAUUGCCGUUCACGAGUGUCACUUCUUUAUUACAAUCAUUGUUAUGAAGCUUGCUGCCUGGCGAACGGUUGUGCCGAUACUUUUCCUGUUGGUGUCGCCAGCGCGCCCAGAAACUCUACUUGACUGGUUCCGGUCUUGGAUAAGGAAUUUUUGGUCCAUCCCUCGCUAUCCUGCAGUGAGCGGCCACCAUCAAAAUCAGAACCAACUUAAUCAUCAAGAUGGACAAAGUUACCAUCAUAGUAAUGGUUACCACACUCCGUUUACGUACGAAUACCAUAACAAGCCACGUCCAGGGACAUCGCCCAAACUGAAAGCUACUUCGACUCAUCCUAACGCAAUUCAAGCAGCUCCUGGUAAACGGAAGAGACGUCCUUGGCCCCUCCUCACAAACGCCGGCAAAAGCAAGGAACAGAUCGCGGCCGAGCAAAAGGAACUCGAAGCUUUCCUCGAGCGCCUCAGGGACAUACGCAACUCGCGUAUCCGCUCAUGGUGACGAAAUGCGAUCACGGCAAUUUUCGAAGUCCUAAUAUCGUUGAUCGCGUGUUGGAGGCCCAACUUCACACUUGGUUCAUAUUCAUUGCCAUGUGUAAGCACGCUAGCGGGCAUAAUAGCCCAUGAUGCCAAUUGCUCAAAGCCAUAGCGCCGUAUGUCCACAGCCACCGCAGAAGCAUGGCCAUACAGCAUCAGGCCAAAUCUACUCCGGAAUAACCUAUUCUGGCCGAAACUACACACUUCGCAAAAUUUUUUCACCAAAUACAAACCCGAGCGGACCUAGCCUAACUUUAUUGGCUGCAUUAUGUUAUAGAAAAGAAACAAGUGAGGUAGUAGAGACAGACAUUGGCUGAAAGAAAAAGUUGUGAAUCUGGGCAGCGUAAAUAAGUUUAAGGUUAGGCCAUUCGCAGACCUGCCUGCUAAUGAGCGAGCAUGCUGAAGAUCUACGGCGCUAAUAUCUACACUCGUGCGUCUCUGAAUAUUUUCCUAGAAAUAAACCGGUGCGAAACGAGAAUUUACCGCGGAAAAAAUUACGCGACAGAGGGUAAAAUAUGUUCCGGAAUAAAUGUAUUAACCGGACAAGACUUGUGUCCCGGUAAUUAUGAAACGAUACGAGACGGACCGAUAGAUUUAAACGAGACCAGAAAUUUCUUAAAUAUUCAAGAUCAAAUAAAAUAUUCCUUACUAUACGAAAAAAAAACGAAACAUUCUGAACGAACGGUUAAGGAAUACCUAGUUAGCCCUUAAUUGUUAAGUGACAGAUGACAUUCAUGGGCAGAAUCGGUGACAUUUGGCUGCCGAACUAAUUUGGCUAUUAAAUUAGUAGGCAGACUUUGCGAUGUAUGGCUGAAUGAUGUUGCCAUUGAGCUUUUAAUCAUUACCUUCUAGAUGUCGAGACUUGUACGAGAAUAGCAGACGAAUACGUCGUAAGUUUUGAUGUCGGUUAACUAAAGUCAAUGAUUACACCUUAGCAUGCAUUGAAGGAAGUCGUAUGCGUUAACCUGUAGCCUACAGCAAAUGAGAGAAAUUAGUCCCAACCGAAUAAGGCACGUACCACCUUAUGCUCUCUGAAUUUGUUCGUUUGACCUCUUGAUAAUUUUAAUUUACACCAAAGAUUGUUAAAUCAAACGUAAUAGUUUCCCUUACAGGUGCCCCGCAUAAAGUUGUUGGCUGGUAGUAGGCACACAACGGGCAGCUACUCGCUUUUAACUCCUGAAGGAGGCAGUACCCCUGUACACGAGGCCACUAUCCUGGUUAUUAGUGACGAUUAUUACAGACAGUCGUUUAUAUCGAUAACGAAGAAACGCAAUAAUUUGCGUCUAUUCCUAUUGCGGAGUUCGUCUAUUAAUUGGAUGUGUUUCAAGUUUCACGUCGAUUCGUUCAGAACUGAGGGACUUGUGAGCGUAGUUUACAGCUUUGAACUGUGUUGCUGAGUAAAGUUAUUGCAUGCCUAGGCUAGACGUAGGCUACAGGGCCUAUUUAAGAGAUGAAUUUAAGGCACAAGGCUGCGCCCUCCGUUGAUCAAACCAUGGGCCCUUCAUCCAUCGUUCAAGUAAUUGAGAUAUCGUUAGUGCAUGUACAUUAUAAUUUUUUGGAGCCUCCAGAGGAAUUUCGGAGGAUUCUGCAUGAGAACAUUUUUCGAAAUUAUCAGCGCGAAAGUGAAAAAUUCUGCUUUUAAUAAAUGACUGCUUUCACCUACAACGAAUCCCCAAUCAAUACCGACCAAGAAAGUAAUCAUAAGCUGAAAAAAUUGUAUAGCCGUAAUAAUGGAGCUUCAUUUAAUUGGCCUCGUUUCCUCAUGCAACGCUAUAUCGCAUAAACAAUUGUAUUGGAAGAAUUAUUUAAGGCAGGUUUAGUCUAGAGCUUAUGGUCUAUGUCGCAUAAACUCGUUGGUUUUCUACCUCAAAUAUGUGAACAUUUUUUUUUUG